UAUUUGCGUAACUUUGCAGUUUGCACCUUUGUACAUCUUCUUCGCUGGUCUUCGUUCCCACUUCAUUAUAGCGGAUCGGAGAAUGAGUACAUUCGGAAAUUCUGAUUAUUCUACCAGAUAGGAAAUAUCUCUUGAAUUUCAAUUCAAUUCUUCUCCUCACAAGACUCCUAUAGACUGUUCUGCUGGUUUGCUUCUUCUCCACUAUAGUUUUAUAAACUUUCGAUGGGUGAAAGUUAUUUGAAUCGGCUGGUCCGUUAUUGAGAAAGACAAUGGAUUUUAAACCAGUUCCACUUUUCUUAAUUUCUGUGCUUGAAAAAAAAUAGAUAUUAAAAAUUUACUGUGUUUUCUUAAUCACACAUCCCAAUAUUAAUUGACAGAGCUGAAUCCCAUACUCCAUUUCUCUGAUUUCUUAUCCUGGUUGCUGCUGACCCUCGACGAGCCCUAACCUUCGUAAGGGAAAAAAGCAUUGGUUUCUUGUUCUGUCAAUGGGAGCUUUAGUUGAGGAGCAAUACAGUUUGGAGCUUGAUAAUGGAACGGGUCUUGGAGAUUGCAUUGAUCUAGGAUUUGAGGAUGAACUGGAAAGUAUGGCUAUUGAGGAUUCUGUAAGAGUCCUUUUGCAAUGUCUAGGUGAGGAUAUCAACAGAGAAGGUCUCAGAAAAACCCCUUUUCGGGUAGCCAAGGCUCUUCGUGAAGGCACCAAAGGCUAUAGACAAAAAGUGAAUGAUGUUAUACACGGUGCUUUAUUCCCAGAAGUUGGGUUGGGAACAGGGGUGGGUCAGGCAGGUGGGGCCGGCGGGCUUGUGAUUGUCCGUGACAUAGAUCUCUUCUCUUACUGUGAGUCUUGCUUACUCCCCUUCCAGAUCAAGUGCCAUGUAGGAUAUGUACCCUCUGAACACCGUGUUGUAGGACUCAGCAAGCUCUCCCGUGUGGCAGACAUUUUCGCCAAACGCCUUCAGAACCCCCAACGCUUAUGUGAUCAGGUGUGUGGCGCCUUACAACAAGCGAUCAAUCCAACGGGUGUCGCCCUCCUCUUACAGUGCUCCCACCUCCAUCUCCAUCACGGGUGGGUCAAGAUCCAAGUCACUUCUGGGUCUGGAGUUUUUGAGGAUGAUAAAGCUUAUGUGUGGUCCGACUUUCUAUGCCUUUUAAAACUCAGAGGAAUAUGUUUAGACGCGAGAGAUGGUGAAAGACCCUUUUGUCCCUCCAAGGUUUCGUGCAAGACGCCUCUGCCGCCGCUGAAUUCGGUUAUGACUAGCGCGGUCGGGUCCAUUCUUCAGUCUCUGGGUGAAGAUCCAUUCAGGAAAGAGCUUUUAGGAACCCCGACCCGUUUUGUCAAGUGGUUCAUGGAUUUUAAGAAUUCUGAUUUGGAGAUGGAGAAACCGGAUGGAGGAUUAGUUAGGGGCCUUUUGGAUCCACAAAUAGAGAUCAGGUCGGAGGUGAACUUGACGUUCUGGUCACAGUGUGAACACCAUCUUCUUCCAUUUUAUGGGGUUGUGCAUAUAGGAUACUUAUGUUGUUCAAAUAAUGGAGGUGGAGGGGUAGGAGUCAAACCAAUGCUGCAGUCUAUAGUGCAUUUUCAUGGUUAUAAACUGCAAGUGCAGGAGAGGCUAACGAGACAGAUAGCAGAGAGUGUUGCUUCUGUCCUAGGGGAGGAUGUAAUGGUAAUUGUGGAAGCGAGUCACACUUGCAUGAUAUCCCGAGGGAUCGAAAAAGUCGGGAGUAACACUGCCACGGUUGCUGUUUUGGGACGGUUUUCCCGAGAGCCCGCUAUAAGGAUGGAGUUUUUGCAGGGUAUUCCAAACUCUUGUGUGCUGAAGGAAAACAGUUAUAAUUAGGCUACAGUAGAAAUACACAAUGGUUCUCCAUUAGCAAGUGAAUGAUUCAGUUGUCUUUCUUUGGUGGCCAGAUAUACGGAUUGAAUAAAACGCUCAAACAGUGAACAUUUUAUUGUUUGUGCAUGUGGAUUAAUUUUCACACAGCCCAUUGCGGAGAAGUCGCAAUUUCUCAAAAACAUAUGUUUCUAUAUAUUCAUGGGAUGGGGGUGGGGGGUUGUGGAUUCUCCUUUUGGAAUUUUGGGAGUUACCUUCAAUGUCCACAUGGACCACAUGUAUUUGAUCUUCAUGCAAUGAAUAUGUUGUGUGAUGCAACCAAGUAUCAGUUAGAAGUGUGUGAUACCCUUUCCUUUAAAUCGCUAGAUGUGCAACUUGGCUCUGAAGUUAUCAGUUCGACAAAGCCGCUAGUUUCUCACCAAGAUCAGUCUUCUACAUUGACACAUCUCCCAAUAAUGAUUUUUCCACCAGAGGUCAGUCGGGAGUUGGAGGACUCGUGAUCCUUUGGUGGGUUAAUAGUUAAGAGUCUGAUACCAGGGGCGGAGGGAUGUUUAAGGUCAAGGGGGCCAUGGCCCCUCCCAGAUUUCAUUUUUUUAGUACUAGUAUUGCUUAGUUUUUCUACUUGGCCUCAUUUCACAAUAACUUUUUUUAACAAAUGUCAUGUAAUUUAAGUAUAACGUUUAUAGACUUUUAGUUCAUUUUGUGGGAUGUAAAACUAAACAGGAGGUAAAAUUAAAGUUAAACUUGAGUUGUAAAUGA